CCAAAGCCCUUGCUGUAAAAGGGAAAAGUCGGCGAGGCGUCUGGAAUGUGGGGGUGUAGCCUGUCUGGGACCCGCCUUCUUAUGAAUAUUCAUAAGCCGGGAAGGACGGCGUCUUAACCCUUCGUUGCCGGGCCGGCCGGAAGGCGGCCCCUCCCCCCGCGGGCGGGAACAGGAUAUGAGGCCGGGCGGUUGGGGGGAGGGGAAGCCCCAGGCGACCGCCCCCCGCCCCACAGCUGGGACCAGACUCUCCCGCCACUGAUGUGGCGCCGUCGCUGCCGCCGGAGCCCAGUCCCACCCAUCCCGGAGCCUCAGGGGUCCAGAGUAGCGGACUCUGGCGCCCCGAAUCUCUGCACCGCAUCCUGAGACACCCUGAAGCCCAGGCCCCCACAUCCAGGCUAGAGGACCCCAGAUAUCCAGAUGCCCAGCGCCCCCUCCUGGAGGAGCCGGAGUCCAGGACAUCAGCCCUGCGCGACCCUGGAGGCCGGGCUUCCUGCACCCUAGUUUGAAGAACUUAGGAUCCCAGACCGGACAUCCCCUCCUGGGCUUCCCAGAAAUCCAAGACUCCCGGGGGCUGGAGGAACUUGGGAUACGGACUCCCCGCGCCCCAACCAGUCUAUUUUGGGCUGAAGCGCCCACUGCUUCAAGGGGACCCAGGAAUUUGGGACUCCCCGGCGCUCCCGCCUGGAAGUGGUUUAACUCCUGCUCCUAGAGUUAGGGGAACUCAGGAAUCCGGGCCCCCCACGGCCCGAUCUAGACGACUCAGGAAUUUGGGUCCCCAGCACCCCCAUCUGAGACUCAGGAGUCGAGGUUCCCAGCAUCCCCCAUUUAGAGGACCGAGAAAUUCGGACCGCUGCACCCCAUCCUCUAAGAGGCCCCGGAUUCUGGUUCCCGGAGCCGGAGAGCCCGAAGUUGACGCCCCCGACUUGGAGAGACCCAGGAGUCCGGGCUCUGCGCCUCCCCGGAGACCGUGCCGGGGGCCGAGGAGGAACCGGGUGCCUCGGUUCGGAGCUGGAGACUCCUCGGGAGGGGGUCUCUCUGCAGAAGCCGCUGAGCCGCUCAGCCAUGCCCGAGGGAGCCCGUGGACUGAGCCUGUCCAAACACAGCCCUAGCCUUGGCCGUGGCCACACAGGUGAAGUGGGUGACUGUGCAGCUGUGUGUGAGACCCGCACAGCAGCUCCUGCAAACCCUGCCAUGGCCUCCCCCCGAGGGUCUGGGAGCUCCACAUCCCUGAGCACGGUGGGCUCUGAGGGGGACCCGGCUCCGGGGCCCACCCCAACCUGCUCAACCUCCAAGCCGGAGCCCCUUCCAGGGCCCCCCAUCAGUCUGCAUCUGUCGCCCAUGGGGACCCCCAGUUCAGCAAAACCCUCGAGGCUGGAGCGUGUGGCCCGUGAGAUCGUGGAGACAGAGCGGGCCUAUGUCCGGGACCUCCGCAGCAUCGUCGAGGACUACCUGGGCCCUCUGCUGGACGGCGGGGUCCUGGGGCUGAGCACGGAGCAGGUGGGCACACUGUUUGCCAACAUCGAGGACAUCUACGAAUUCAGCAGCGAGCUCCUGGAGGACCUGGAGGGCAGUGGCAGCGCGGGGGGCAUUGCCGAGUGCUUCGUGCAGAGGAGCGAGGAUUUUGACAUCUACACGUUGUACUGCAUGAACUAUCCGAGCUCCCUGGCCCUGCUCCGGGAGCUGUCGCUGUCUCCGCCGGCAGCCUUGUGGCUGCAGCAGCGCCAGGCCCAGCUCCACCACUCGCUGCCCCUGCAGAGCUUCCUGCUGAAGCCUGUUCAGCGCAUCCUCAAGUACCAUCUGUUGCUGCAGGAGCUAGGCAAGCACUGGGCGGAGGGGCCGGGCGCCGGGGGCCGAGAGAUGGUGGAGGAGGCCAUCGUGUCCAUGACAGCGGUCGCCUGGUACAUCAACGACAUGAAGCGCAAGCAGGAGCACGCUGCGCGCCUCCAGGUGGGCCCAGGCUGGGCGGGGCUGGCUGCGAGGCGUGGGCAUGUGGGUUCUCCAUGGCCGGUGGUCAGUGCUUCAGAGGCAGCCUGGGAGGGUGGGCUCGGACAGCGUGGACGGCGGCUAAGCCCCCGUCCUGGCGUGGCUGGGGCCCCGCAGGAAGUGCAGCGGCGGCUGGGCGGCUGGACCGGCCCGGAGCUCAGCGCUUUCGGGGAGCUGGUGCUGGAGGGGGCCUUCCGAGGUGGCGGAGGAGGCGGCCCCCGACUCCGAGGGGGUGAGCGGCUGCUCUUUCUAUUCUCGCGGAUGCUGCUCGUGGCCAAGCGCCGGGGACCGGAAUACACCUACAAGGGCCACAUCUUCUGCUGCAACCUGAGCGUGAGCGAGAGUCCUCGGGACCCCCUGGGGUUCAAGGUGUCCGAUCUGACCAUUCCCAAGCACAGGCACCUGCUCCAGGCCAAGAACCAAGAAGAGAAGCGGUUGUGGAUCCACUGUCUCCAGCGCCUCUUCUUUGAGAACCACCCUGCCUCCAUCCCUGCCAAGGCAAAACAAGUUCUCCUUGAAAACAGCCUGCACUGUGCUCCUAAAAGUAAGCCUGUCCCAGAGCCCUUGACGCCCCCACUUGGAUCUCCCCGACCUCGUGAUGCUAGAAAUUUCACUCCUGGGCGAAGGAACACAGCUCCGUCCCCAGGACCCUCUGUCACGCGCCGUGGCCGCAGGCAGUCUGAGCCAGUGAAGGACCCUUAUGUCGUGUUUCAACAGAAUGCUAAGCCUAGGCUCAAGCAUGCUGGCAGUGAGGGGGAGCUCUACCCGCCCUUAGAGCCUCAGCCACCAGUUCCAGCUUCUGGACCCCCUGAGGACCUGGAGGACACUGGACCCCCCACACUGGACCCUUCUGGGACUUCCAUCACUGAGGAAAUCCUGGAACUGCUGAACCAAAGAGGCCUCCGGGACCCGGGGCCAUCGCCUCAUGACAUUCCCGAGUUCCCCGGAGACUCCCAGGUGCCAGGCGACAGCGAAACCCUCACAUUCCAAGCCCUGCCCAGCCGGGAUUCGUCAGAAGAGGAGGAGGAGGAGGAGGAAGAGCUGGACAUGGACGAACGGGGGCCCUCCCCACUGCACGUGUUAGAGGGGCUCGAAAGCUCCAGUGCUGAGAUCGCUGACGCUCCCUGCCUUAGCAAAAACCCUGACGGGCCCAACCUCCCUGAAAUUCCCGGCCUUUCUGAAAUUCCCAGCAUUCCCCGCCUUCCCAGUCUUUCGGACAUUUCCACUGUUUUUGAAAUGCCCUGCCUUCCAGCCAUACCCAGUGUCCCUGACAUUCCAAAUCUUUGCAACGCUCCCGCCCUUCCCGCUGACUCUUGGCUCCAGGGACCUCUGCAGGAGCCGGAGAAGGCUCUAGCCGCCAGGAGAGAACUGUUCCCUGGCAGCGCUUCUGGAAAACUGGGGGAGCCCUCCUCAGGAGGCAGGGCAGAGCAAGAGGAGGAGGAAGGGGUAGCAUUCCCAGAUUUCCAGCCCCAGGACAUCCCCCGAGAUCAGGGGUUCCAGGAUGAGCUGCCAUUUCGCUCUUGCUCAGAAAUCCGGAGCGCCUGGCAGGCACUUGAGCAGGGGCAGCUGGCUCGGCCAGGUUUCCCGGAGCCACUGCUGAUCCUGGAAGAUUCGGAUCUGGGUGGAGGCAGCAGGAAUGGCAAGGCAGCAGCCCCGAGUGCGGAGAGGGCGGCGUCCCGGGUGCGAGAGCUGGCCCGGCUCUACAGCGAGCGGAUCCAGCAGAUGCAGCGGGCUGAGACCCGCGCCUCAACCAAUGCCCCCCGCCGCCGACCCCGGGCUCUGGCCCAACCCCAGCUGGCCCCCUGCCUGCCCCAUGAGCAGGCCGAGCCAGGGCCCCUGCCUGCCUUUGGACACAUGCUGGUAUGUGAGCUGGCCCUCCCGCUGACCUGUGCCCAGGAAUCUGUCCCCCUGGGCCCCGCUGCCCGGGUUCAAGCUGCCACACCUUUGUCUAAGCAGCGAGACUGCCCAGAUGGCCAGAGUCUAAAUGUUUCAAAUGUGCCUGAGCAAGACCGUCUAGGCACCCAGCUUCCAGCUGCCACCCCUUUGCCUGAGCAAGGAGGCCUCUGGAACAUCCAGAGUCCAGCCACCACACCUUUGCCCAGGCAGGACUUUGGCCCCUUGACCGUCCAGAUUCCAGCUGUUACAACUUUGUCUGAUCAAGAAGGCCACCCGGAAAUCCCGGUUCCAGGGACCACUCCUUUGCCUGAGCAGAGAGGCCCCGUGGAUAUACAGGUUCCAUCUACCGCCUCCUUUCCUGAGCAAGGACACCACGUGGACAUAGAAGUUCCGACCGCCCCAGCUUUGCCCGAGCAGGGAAGUUGUUCUCAUGUCACGGUUUCAGCUACCACUCCUAUGCCCAAGCGAGAAGUCCUCCUAGACAGCCAGAGCCCACCCAGCCCCCCAGUAACUAAGCAGGGAUCUUCUAGCAAUGCUCAGUUCCCGGCCGCUAUCUGCGGCCAAGCUGUCAGCCCUUUGCUCGUGCACAAAAGCAGCCUGGACCAUCAGAUCCCAGCCAAGACCCCAGUGCCCUUGCAGCAUGACCCCCCAGACGUUCAGGUUCCGGGUACCCCACCUUUGCCUGCACAUGGAGGCCACCUGGACUGUCAGAUCCCAGCCAACGCUCCAUCGUCUUUGCCCCAGGACCCCCCAGAUGUUCAGGUUCCAGGAACCCCACCUUUGCCUGCACAUGGAGGCCGCCUAGACCAUCAGAUGCCAGCCAACGCUCCAUCAUCUUCGCCCCAGGACCCCUCAGACCUUCAGGUUCCAGCUGCCACGCUUUUGCCCCAGCCACAAGGCCUCGCAGGCACCCGGAUCCGAGCCCUCCCAUCCUUACCCAAGCAGGGAGGCCUCCCUGACACCCAGGGUCCAGCUGCUGCACCUUCACUUCAGGAGCAAAGCCUUUCAGAUCCCCAGGUCCAAAAGCACACACCUGUGUUGGAGCAGAAGCGUGUCACUACCGUCCAUGUUCCAGCUGCCACACCUUUGCCUGAGCUGGGAGGCUCUGGGGACGUUCAGGGCCUGUUACCCACCCCAGUUCAGACCACCAUGGUUUUGUCCAAACCUGGAGGCCACUCGGUCUCUCCUGUCACCAGUUCAGAAUCUUCAGACUUGACCCCACCCCAUAGUCCCCUACCUGCAACCCGUCAGCUCCUGGGCCCCAACGCAGCUGCCCUCUCAAGGUACCUGGCAGCAUCAUACAUCAGCCAGAGCCUGGCUCGGCGUCAAGGGCCUGGGGGAGAUGCCCCCCUAGCCUCCCGGGGCCCCUGGUCCUCCUCUGCCCCAACAUCACGGGCACCUUCACCGCCACCCCAAGCCCAACCCCCACCGCCCCCAGCCAGGAGGCUCAGCUAUGCCACCACUGUCAACAUCCAUGUCGGGGGUGGGGGGCGGCUGCGGCCAGCCAAGGCCCAGGUCAGGUUGAACCACCCUGCUCUCUUGGCGCCCACCCAGGAACCCAUGGGUCUUCGCAGGGCCCAGGGGGCUCCAGACGCCCCUUUCCACACGUGAGCCAGGAUGUCAGGCUUCUUGAAAAGCAAGGACUUCAACCAGAUGCCACAGACCCUCAGAACUUCACCCAGAAGUCUAGACACUGAACACAGGUCUAAAGAUGGCUGCAGCUUUCCAGCUCCUGGGAUCUGCUUUGGCGAAUGGUUCUUGUUACUUACCUUGAUUAACUCAAAAGGGAUGGGGAAGGGGUGUCAUUAAUAUUUUGUUAAUUAAUAUUAUGAAA